CUUAAUUUCUAUCAGCAGCAGGAUCCCUGAGCGCUUCAUACUUACUUUCCCCCCCCCUCUCUCUCUCUGUCUCCGCUAAGGAGCUCACUUAAGGGACGGAGGGGGGUGUGUGCGCGUUUAAUUGACCGCAAAAAAAAAGGAAAAGGCUUGGUCCUGGUUCUGUAGCCGCUCUGGAGAGCCCGUCCUUGUUACAGAGUUGACUCUGUGAAGUUGAAGAAGUGGAAGUAAAGUUUUGUUCUCCCCCUCACCCCUCCCCGCUCGCUAGAAGGCAGGCUGGUCGCAGCCUCGCCGCAGUUACCUGAGAUCCGUAAGGUGUGGGCUCCAAGGGAGCAGGAGAAAACGUUAGAGUUAACAAUGCCUAGAGCUUUCCUAGUGAAAAAACAUUGCGCUUCAGCCGGGACAAGAAACUGGAGCGACCUGCCCGACGAACAACGAGGGGAGAUUUAUAUACCAGUGUCUCUGGGAUUCUCUCACUAUGCCACUGAGACAGAGGCCAGUCCUGCCGAAGCGGCCCUGUGUCUCUCCACGCACCCGCCCAGCGCCGCUCGGGAUUCUGGGUACCGAGCCGAGCUGCCUUCCUGCAACGCCAAGGGGGCGGGUCAAAGUUCAGAGGUCAACGACAAACCGCCCGCCAAGAAGGACAGCACCUACGUCCGCUCUAAAAUCAAGGUGACCACAGGAGAGCUGCCCAAGGAAGCCUUUGCCUGUCAGGUGUGUGAGAAGAGCUUCCAGUUCCAGCGUAUGCUGAACAGACACAUGAAGUGUCACAACAACAUGAAGAGGCACCUGUGCACGUUCUGCGGGAAGGGCUUCAACGACACCUUCGACCUGAAGAGGCACGUCCGCACGCACACAGGCGUGCGCCCCUACAAGUGCAGCCUGUGUGAGAAGGCCUUCACCCAGCGCUGCUCGCUGGAGUCCCACAUGAAGAAGAUUCACGCUGUGGUGCAGCUCUACGCGUACAAGGAACGCCGCAACAAACUGUACGUGUGCGAGGAGUGCGGCUACACAGGGGACAGCCAGGAGUCACAGCUCGCCCACCUCCGAGAGAGGCACCCCCAGUCCCACCUCCUCCAGCGCAAAACCACACGGAAACUCGCAGGCGGGACGUGCGAGGAGGGCACCGUCAGGGGUCCCCACCAGAGCCCAUCCUCCAGCCUUUAAAUCCGUGCGCGUGGGACCCUGAGCAAGUCGCUGCUCCUCCUUGUGUGUUUUUUUUUUUUUUCUCCCAAACUUAAUCGCUUAUUGGUGAAUUCCACUCCUGGUCUUUGCUCCAACCCUGUUAAAAAAAAAAAAACGGUUUCAUUCAAUUAGACCUCCGUCCAGACCCUGAUUCAUGAUUCACGAGCUAAAACCUGGAGUGGAAUUCUGGACCUCCAGGACCGGGAUUGAGUGGAUGCCCCCCCUGCUUGAAAAUGAGGGCAGUUUUCCAAUCGACAUGCAAGCUAGGCAGAGCGGGGUGGGGGGGGGGGUGUCUGUUUCUCCAGUGGUCUGAGCCACCCUGUCAGAAAUUCACAGAAAUCCAGAAUCACAUCGAGUUUUGUUUUAAACGUGCGCUUGUAGAUUUUGUAAAUAAGAUUCGAAGGGGAAGUUCUUCCUUCGUUUUCUUUUGUUGGUUUUAUAUGAAAUGAAUCACGCAGCUCUUGUAAAAUGGCUUUGUUUUUAAUAGCUGUAAGCUCUGCUUGAGGGCGAAGGGGGCUUUAGAAAGAGGUGAACUUUUUUUAUGAGGGGCGAUGAACGGAAAAACAACUUUUAAUUUUUUUUAAUGUAGGUCUCUAUCUAUCUAUCUAUCUACAAUAUCUGUCUAUCUAUCUAUC